GGUAACGCACACAAAAACCAAAGAAAAAGCCCACACGCUUCUGCACUCACAGCCAAACAGCCUCAGAGGCGGAGAAGGAGCAGCGCCAACAGAAAAAACCGAGACACAGCUGGAGCGACCGCAACAACGAUAACUGCGAGAAUUAAUCGCAGGAAGGUAGAAAUCCAUUGAGAACAUACCCUCUUCCCAGUGUACGCGGCGGUUAGACUCAACUCAACAGGUAUCCACGGCGGUUAGCACCAGGCACAGAGAACGUCAGUUGCGGUAUUCAUAGCUUCUCUUUGGAAACCAAGCGCCCUACCAUCUUCACUGCAUUUUACAAGCUUGUCUCUUUGUGUCUCGCCAGGGAGAAGAGAGAGAGAGAGAGAGAGAAAGACCAGCCAUUCGUUUCCUUUCGUUUAACAGAGCAUAGACAACGCGGAUAGAGCGCUAGAUACAACGUGAGACAGGAUGGGUAACGCAGAGUCGAAGCUCGCGUAUAAGAAUAGACUGUUCCGUCUUGCGGGAGUGGCUUACUCAGAAGAAGAGGGUGUUGAUGAUAUCAAACUCGAAAUAGGAUCGCAGGACCCAUACUGGCGGAUGUUUUGGGAGGUACCCACAAGCGCGGAAGAGGUGUUUGCCAUCUUGACGUACUCAGACAUAAAGGAGAUCAGGGAUAGCAACAAGGCGAAUUUCCUAAACUGGAUACGGAUCGUGACGUUCAAGUUGGUGUCCAUAUCCAGGUCGAAGACGUUUGCGGAGGAUGAAAAGAGUAAGAAGGAGCUGUUGAACUGUGUGCGGGUGUUGACACGGAUUGUGCCAUUUCUGUUUGAAAUGGGGUCGUUGUGGGAAAAGGACGUGAAUAACCUCUUUUGGAGCGUUGGGUUGAAUGCCCCGAGCGACGAGUCUCCGUUUACCGGGACAACUACAUCUGCGACAGUUGGCUCUUUCUCUUCGUCAGAGUCGAGGAACGUGUCAUUGGAGAGCUCCAGUGUGAAGGCCAACAUUGGACAGCGACUGAAUGCAUCCCCAAGCUCCACAAGGGCGAACGUGGGACAAGGCACUGCGACGUUGCCAUUAGGCCAUACUUUGAUUACAACGUUGGUUGACCUACUGUUUACUCGUGAGUUCACAUUGGAAAGAAAUGGAGUAAGAGGCUCAGAAUAUAAGAUAUGGGAGGCUGGAAUUGGCUACAAUGCCAAAUACGAAAAAACGUCACCCCAAUUGGAUUCCAAUAGAUUGGAAAUUCUCAGAUUGCUAUUGGCCUUGACCUCACAAACGCUAUACUGCACUCCUAAAAAUGCAGUUUCAGGAGGAUCCAGGUUUAUGACAACGCUCGUCACCACGCUUCCAAGGAUGAAGGCAUUGACAUUCAUUUGUUCGCUAUUGAACGUUGUGUGCCGUUCAUGCAAAACAGACGAUCAGAACAACGGAUUGAGCUAUGCAACAGCUUCAAACUCGAAUUAUUCUUCAACGAAUUUCUUCGUACUGAGAAGAACUUUUGUCACAUACACUCUACAAUUGUUAACCGUGAUGUUGGUCUAUCCAUUGCCUCCUAAUGACCUUUCAUUUUUGCACAAGCUAAACAUGCUUCCUACAGAUGAACGGCCUCACAACAUGGUUCGGCUUUACUUGGGAAGACUUCAUAAAGAGUCUGAGUUGACUAUGAUUUACACAUCCAUUAUGUCACUGCUAACAAGACCCAUUGAAGAGGCAGUUGAAAAAGAGACAAAUCCUUUCAAUGUUAUCAAAACCAAUUUUGUUACUUCUCCAACCUCAACAGCCGUCCACGGAACUCAAAACAAUUCAUUCCCAGCAUUGUCCUCAUGGUCCACUGAACUUGUAGCGUUGCUAUGGGAUCUCAUUCAAUGUAACAAACAUUUCAAGGCUUUUGUUUACUCUAAAAAAGCACACGAAUUGAUGGUGACUUUGUUAUACUACAUCAAAUAUUAUAGACACAAUGAACUUUGGAGGCCCAGUUUGAUCAGAAUUUCGUGUUUCUUCAUGCUAUACCUCACAUCGGAUGGUACUGUUACAUCGAAGUUGUUGGCACCUUUCAGCACAAAUUACUAUUCACACAAAAUUCCAAAUUUCUACAAGUUGAGCAACCAGACGGUGCCAUCGAAUUUGACAUAUAGAGACUUUUUCGUCAUUCAAAUAUCAAAUAUGAUCGUACAGGAUGAAUUUGACAUCAUGAUAUCACCUAAUUUAUAUGAGUUCCUUUACAAUAUCAUUCCGGUGAAGACACCAGAUCCAACUACAAAGGGCAAAACAUAUUUGUCCUACCAUGCUGGACUAGCAGUUUUGAACGUUAUUAACAUGAUGUCAAAGCCUGGUGCAUUGAAGGAUCCUUUGAGACUGGACUUGCUUGCCCUUCUUAUUAGAUCCAUAGCACACGCAAUUUGUCGUUGCCAUAAGGAGUCAAGAACCUUACUGUUUUUGAUUGUCAAACACGAAAGAGUAUUACUCAACCUCAUGAACUCAAUACAAUCUACAACUUUGGAUAACGAGGAACAAGAGGCAAAUUCAUCGGAGGAUCCACCAUCAAUGGAACGUGUUGUAUCUAAUAGAAACUCCCCACAACUGGAUAAUUUAGAUCAGAGCGAACAUGUUACUGAUGCCGAUGAGAAACUAAAGGAUGAGGAAGAAGUGGAUGAGUUCCAGAAGAGUUUGAGGCCAAAUCCAUUAAUCGGUAUGUCUUUAAAAGCAAAAUCGAAACUACCUGUGGAUGCGCCAUUGUCGACAACUUGGGCUGGCCACAGAGCUUUACUUAUUAUCUUGAGGUCAAUUAAUCUCGUUAGAAAAGAGAUCCCACGGUUUGAUGAUAUUCCAAAGACUGAGAUUAUCGAAGUUCUACUGAAAAUUGAGAAUAUCAACAACUUUGAGGAAAAAGUUGCAAGAUUUGCCACUUCUGAGUUUCUCCCGAAGACCAAGUUUGACAAUUUGAGAUUUACUUGGUCUAGCAUUUCUUUAGGAUGGUAUGAGAGUACUAUUUGGGGUAUCAUAUUCUACGAGAAUGUCAGCUCUUAUAGAGAGGCAACUUCCUCCUCAUGGUUCAAUAAAAGAAGCUCCACGAUUUCUUUGAAGGGUGUUGCCUCGAGCUGGGGUUUCAAUUGGAAAUCUCCAUCACCAGAAAAAUCAGAACCUCUAUUUGAACUUGAUGUGACCAUACUCCAGUUGGGGAUAUGGAAUGGUACUGCAAUUAAACUCUUCAAAAUCAAGAAACCGGUGGUUGAGAAACCGCUUGUUGACAUGACAAGCUUAAUGAAGAGAUUCAGACUGAACAGUACAUCAUCGAUUGCUACUGCAGAGUCGAAAACUUCAAUAAGCUCACCAAGGCUUAAUGGGCAAUCUCCAAACCAGCUGACACCAAUCAACUCUCGCCAGUCUUUUGCAACACCAAGAAACUCCGUAUCUCACAGAGAUUCAGUUCAUCUGAAUCUUAGUAGACAAAGUUCAUUCCAAAACCUUUAAACUGGUGCAUUUUAGUCCAUUAUAUAUAGAUCAUGAU